AUGUUCGCGUGGCGGCCAACAAACGCCUGCCUUGUGCCGCGUUUCACACAAAUUCUACGCCGCUAUUACGACUGUAAAGUCCCUGUCCCGCAGUCUCUAUUUUUGCCCAAUCAUGAUCUGGCCAUGCAUUCUGUGAUGAUUCCCUUCCAAAUUCUGAAUUGA